CCUUGUCGCUUAUUCGGACCUUUCACUCGUAUCUCGUCUCACUAACCUAUCUCAAGUUUCAGACAAAUAACAGACGCGAUUCCUGGAAAAACGUAGUACGCGUUUCCAACAAAAAAUAUCGAUCGCCGGCCCAUUCAUAGUUUGCUCGCCGUGUGUUAAAUAACCCAUGGAUACGAAUGCUUAUAUCUCGGCAACCGAUUGAGAUAUCGGGAUAAAACAAAAAGUGAUUUCAACGGCACAGUUUCCUCUACGUUCCCACUGGAUUUUACCCGUGAUUUGUACAAAUGCAGUGAUUUAGUGAUGUGAUAUGAACCACACAGGAAACGUAUAAUUUAGCAUAAAUAAUAUAACACGUUUUCUCCAUAUUAAUCAAAUAAUUGAACACGUUUUAGUUACGUAAAAAAUCUACGUAUGAUCAAUAUCACGAGUACACGUGUUUUAAGCUAAAAUAAAUUCCAUAUACCAGCUACCAAUUCAUUGCAAGCUACUUGUAAAAGUAUCAUCAUAUCAUCCAUUUCACCAACACUAAUGUGGAUGCAGCAUAAGAUAAUUUGCCAAGAAUAAAAGGCGCGAAUGAGAAACGCGAUGGAUGAUCGAGGAAAGGCGAAGGACGAUUAAAAAUAUAGGAAAGAAUGGAGCGUGUUCGAGAAGAAAAAUGUGAGUUCGAAGGAUGAAAGAGCGGGAAUAACAAUAUGCAAUGAUCGUGGCCGAUCGACUCUCGAUCAAUUGCAAUUGGAUUCCCCUCGACACAGGGUGGGGAGUCUAUUUGAGGCGUCGCGACGCCGUGGUGCAAUGAUCAGAAUCAGUCGGUAGGUCGUAUCACGGCGAAAGGUGAAGAGAGUGGCCGUCAGAGAAGAAAAGUCUUCGGCCAAGCUUCGUGCAUGGCUGUGUGCUGAUCGGAAAUUUCGUUUCGAACUUUGGACGAAUCGAGGAAGUGGAUCUUGUGAGGUGACCCUGUUGUGUUGACCCUUUAUCCUGGUAGAAUGGCAGCUGACGACCCCCUCCGCAAUGAACCUUUGGUUUCCGUUGAAUUCGAGGUCUUUGGCAAGGUGCAGGGUGUCUAUUUUCCAAAAUACGUGAGGGAUAUAUGCCAACAAUUGGGAAUUUGCGGUUGGGUGAAGAACACCAAAUCCGGCACGAUACUCGGAAAAAUGCAAGGACCACGUGCGCUCGUCGAUCAGAUGGCACAAUGGCUAACAAAUGUUGGAAGUCCAGGUAGUCAGAUUGAUCGCUGCGAAUUUACGAAUUGGGAGGGCAUUAGUAGGUUACAAUAUAAAGGAUAUGUUAUACGCUUCUAAUUAAACGAUUUCUUUUUAAUAUCACAUUUUUUU